GGUAUAAUAUACUAUUGUUAAUAAUAGUAGAUCAGAUCUUAAUGUAUAAAGUAUUAUUAUUAUUAUUAAUUUUAGACCCUGAUUUUUAUGAACAGCUUACAAAUAAAUAUUUUACACUCUAUGAAAAAAAUCUCGUAACCUCUGCUGUUAACCGAGUUGUUAACACUGCACAAGUUGUUAACACAGUACAAGUUGUUAACACUCCAGAAGUUGUUAACACUCCACAAGCAGAACGAGUAGAACAACUGAAGAUAUGGACACUUGGUGCAACAAAAGCUUUAAUAGCAUUAGUAAAAAAAUAUGAUGAUGAUUUUCAAAGUAAAAUUAAAAAACAGGUUUGGCAAAAAAUUGCUAAUGAGAUUUCUAAUCAGACGAAAGUGACUAUGAGUGCACAACAAUGUGAUACUAAAUGGAAAGGUCUUAAAGACUUGUAUAAAAGUGUCAAGCAGCACAACGACAAGUCGGGAAACGAGCCCAGGAUUUGGAUUUAUUUUGAUGAAAUGGAUGAAUUAUUGUGUAAGAAACCCGAAAUAAUACCACCCGUGACAUGCAGCAGCUCGAAAGGUCUGCAAAUUAAUAAUAAUAGCUGUGGGGCUUCAAGCUCUGCAUCAUUAGCAGAUCAUGACGAAGAAAAUGGAACCCCAAAUGUUGAGGAAACCCCCAAGACAAGUGGCACAAAACGAGUACGCAGAUAUGAAAAUGCUGCAGACAAGCGACACCGAGAAAAAUUGCAACGUCAAGACAGAUUUCUCGAUUUAUUUGAGGAUAUGAUUAGUACGUUGAAAAAUAAGUAGUUUGCUCAAAAUACAGUGCGGCCAUAAAGUUGGUAGGGAAUAAAUUCAAUAAUUAUUCUUCUAAGCAAUUUUUUUUUUAAUCCUCAAACCCCUCAAUUUUAUUUUUUGUCAAGCAUUUUUCGGCAAAUAAAAUUAUUAUAUAGGGUGGUCCCAGAAAAGCUGGAAGGUAGUAACUUAAUUUUUUUAAAUAGACACAAUUUUUUUCACAUUUUCGGAUUUCUGAUAAAAUUCGAAAAAAU